UUUCGGACAUAACCUGAAACGGGCGCGAAUUUAAUUUCCCGGCCGUAUCAGGCUAGUGCUCGGCCGUGGAGACCCGGGGAAGAGGUUGUCGCACGACGAUCGUCGGCGGUCCGACGUCUCGGAUUGAUAAUCCUAUCGCGAUUAAUAAUCCUUCGGCUGCUAGUUCCGAUCGAUCCUAACCAAGGCAACGCACCUGGAUCGUAGCGAUCCGGUGCGUACGGCGAAUGCCGCGAGACAUGGAGUUCAAGGCGCUGCUGCGGAACUGCGCCUCGGCGAAUAAAUCCUUCGUGUAUAUGUCGCGUCCUGCUGCUGCAGUGGAUGAAAACUCUGCGGAGAACGAGAGGAGAGAGGACACGUACUUUCAGAAAAUGUACGAACAGUGGAAAGGUGUGAAAGCCAAGGACAACGACUCCACGUACAAAGUCAUACCGAAGUUUUAUUUCAAGUUACCGAAAGAAGAUGAGGUUCUGCCGCAGAAGUUGCGCGAGGAGACGCGCGCUUUGUUCCUGCAAAGGCGCUCCCGCCAAUUGCUCGACAAUAACGAACUGAAGGCGCUGUGGGUUUUGUUGGACAAACAUCACAGCCCACCCUUGUCAGGGGACGAACAGUUAAUCAAUUAUGAGGAUUUCAAGAAAGUUGGCAAACUGGCGGGAGCCAAGUGUAGUCCGUACUUUACCGCGGUCGUGUUUGCCAAGUUACAACAGGGAGAUCCGCAUGGUAGAAUUAGUAUUAUGGCAUUGUUCAACUAUGUGAUGAGGAAAGUGUGGUUACAUCAGACCAGAAUUGGUUUGUCCUUAUACGACGUUACUGGACAAGGAUAUCUCAGAGAAUCAGAUCUAGAAAACUAUAUCUUGGAACUGAUACCGACACUGCCACAACUCGAGGGUCUCGAGAAGUCCUUUCACUCCUUUUACGUCUGCACUGCUGUUAGGAAGUUUCUCUUUUUCCUGGAUCCUCUCCGAACCGGGCGUGUUCGCAUUCAAGACAUCUUAGCGUGUAGUUUCCUGGACGAUCUCCUGGAGUUGCGCGAUGAGGACUUGCCCAAGGACUUGCAGGAGGCAAACUGGUUCUCCGCGCCCUCGGCUCUCAAAGUAUACGGCCAAUACCUCAAUCUCGAUCGAGAUCACAAUGGAAUGUUGAACAAAGAAGAGCUCGCUGGGUACGGUACCGGCACUCUGACUGGCGUCUUUCUCGAAAGAGUGUUUCAAGAAUGCCUUACUUACGAAGGUGAGAUGGACUACAAAACUUAUUUAGAUUUUGUCCUGGCGUUGGAGAAUCGGCACGAGCCUCAAAGCCUUCACUACCUGUUCCGGAUUCUGGACAUCAAUAAUCGCGGCUACCUGGACACUUUCUGUCUCAAUUAUUUCUUCAGAGCUAUACAAGAACAGAUGACGAUGCAUGGUCAGGAGCCUGUUAGUUUCGAAGACGUUAAAGACGAGAUAUUCGAUAUGGUGAAGCCGGCGGAUCCGUGCAAAAUUACUCUGCAGGACUUACUGUCUUGCGGACAAGGGGACACAAUGGUCAGCAUUUUAAUCGAGUUCCAUGGCUUCUGGGCGUACGAGAAUCGUGAGGCGAUGGCGGCCGAUACCGGAGAUGAAUCGUCACAUGUAUGACGAAUCACCAUUCCAAAACACGAAAUAGUUAUUCCACCGGGAUAGGUAAUUUUAUCGUGUUUAUGCAAUGUUAGUAUUUUAACACAUUAAGUACAACACAUUUGUAUUUAAUACGAUACGUUUUUAUAGACAGUACAAUUUUUCUGAGAUUUAUAGCAUGUAAGUUGGUGAUGUAAGUAGAGAUGUAAGUUUGUGAUGUACGUGACUAUGUAAAGCGAUAUGUAUUUAUAAC